CUACAUCAGGAUGUAGUGAAGAAAUGUGCAUUUCUUAUAUAGUUUGAAGAGUCUUAUUAUGAGACUACCAGUGUCUUAAUAUGCCUACCAGCAUAUCUUGGAGGCUAUUGUUUACUUUAAGAUUAUACGAGUCACAGAGACAGGAAGUUCUUUGUUCUUCUCAACCUAUGUUCUGGGAGAAGCAAACUCCAGUCAUUCUGAAUGUCGAAGUGAUGCAGUAAGGUCCGAGUUACAUAACAUUGCAGCAGAAAGUUUUAGUUAUUUUGUGGAACAAACUACAGGCCCAAUUCGAUUGUUAUCUGAAGGUUUACCGGAGAUAGUAAUUAACCUGAAGGUUGUACCGAAGAUAUGAAAGUGAAGUUACGAGUUGCUGAAUAAAACAGAAGUUGGUUGGACUUUAGCAAAUUGUUUCCAGUGUUAAUUUUCAUCGGUGUGCCUUGUGAAUAACAACAGUUGGAUUUAUUGUUAGACGAAACUCCUUCAUAUAAAGAUUUAUGAAGGCAGCCACAAUAACAAUCGAAGUCUGUUAUUCGAAGUCGAAUAACAAGCGAAGUUUCACAAUAACGAAUGAAGUUCGAAUGACAAACGAACAUCAAUUAUAAGACUUUUUGCAGCCGUUUAAUGAACUUGUAAGCAGACCUAGGUUUAUAAAGGCCUGAAGUCAUGCCUUUACCAGAGCCUGCAGUGCAACGUGAAACGACGACAGAGAGGAAUCCCACAUCGAAGGCUAGAAGUCUAGCUGGUGUUAAGUUCACCAAGAGCGAUGUGGAAGCAGGACAACAUGAUGCAGUCAUCAUGAAGGCUACACGUGUAGCGAGCUUACGGAUGUCUAUUGAGAGUAUGAGGUUAGAACUAGCUAUCAUGGACGAGGAGGACAGGCUCGAUGCUCUAAAGGUUGAGCAACUAGAAGAGCUAAUUGCUAAUGAGGAACGAAAGCUCAUACAGCUGAAGCUGAGUCCGCUGAGAAAGAAGCCGGCUGACAAAAUAAAUAGAUUAGAAAGAGAGGAAGAGAAUGACAGCUCUGAAGCUGUCAUCGAACAUGUCAAAUUGCCAAAGGAACAGCCAGGGGAUUCCGUCCAUGGAUUGGCAGUUGGCACAACAACACCUAUUCUUGAUAGAACUUCUAACCAGACAGGUUUUGAAACGAUGGCAGAGUCCAUGGCCCAUGUGCAACAAAACGUGCUAACGCAGAGACUUGCUGUUGCGAGUCAAGUUCCAAAGUUGGAGAUACCCGUAUUUAGCGGCGUUGCUGACGGUCAUGGAGCCAAGGACUGCACUGAGAGGAAGGUUUGCAAGAUUUGUGAAGGGUGCCCCCUUGCCUGUCUGCAUCAGCCAACCGAGAACCAGAUAAAUCCACCCGAGGAAGCUGCAUCCAAAUACACCAAUGUCUGCGCUCCUCAAGACCAAGAUGAACAGGAGCACUGUAUGAUUGUGCCAGACUGGGUGAGGUGCAAGGAUGAUCAGCGUAAUGUAGGCUUCGUUUCGGACGAACUGUGUGAGCAGUUAGGAGUACAGGGAACUGCUACUACCUGCAGGAUCACCACCAUGCACGCAACAGCCAAUGUCAGGAGCAUGAAGGAGAGCGGUUUACAGGUGUUGGACUUCAAUAGGGAGAACGAGAUUGACCUACCCCCGUGCUUCUCUAGAGAGUCUAUUCCAGCUAGCAGAUCCCAGAUCCCAAGAAGUGAAGGCUUGAAGGAGUGGCCUCAUCUUGAGCCAGUUGCUCAUGAGUUGAUGCCAUACAACAGGAGCGUCAAGGUAUCGCUUUUAAUUGGAAAUAACUGUCCCCGAGCCAUCCGCCCUCGAGAGGUGAUAGCAGGAGGAGAAGAUGACCCGUAUGCCAUUAAGACAGCACUCGGAUGGGGAGUAGUUGGCAAUGUCUGCCAGACGUCGGUGCAGGAGGAUGGUGUUCAGAUCUGCAAUAGGAUAUCUGCAAUUGAGAUGCAGCCAGAGUUUGCCUAUGAGAGUAAGGCCAAGGAGAUCAUGGACACUGAGAAAGGCAUCCAGUUUCCGAAAGAUGGCUACAAGGACUCAAGUGCAGAUGGUGAGCUGUACUCCGUGGAGGAGAUGGAAUUGAAGGAGAUCUUGGAGAGUGGUGCCCGCAGAUGUGACAACGGCCACUAUGAGAUGCCAUUACCUCCGAAGUCUGCAAAGCCAAACCUUUCCUUCAACAAGCCACUUCCCUUGAAGAGAUGGAAGCAGCUGCCUGGGAGGUUGCGGAAGAACCCAAAGUUUGGUGGAGACUACAGAGCAUUCAUGGAUGACGUCAUCCAGAAUUAUGCACCGAGAGUAUCUCCAGCAGUUACAGCCCUGUCAGAAGUGGACACGAAUGCAGCGAGACCUGGCCAUCAGCGAUGUAGUCAUCGUGAAGGAGACUGCGGACGUCCAGUGGCCUCUGGCAAGGGUAGCAGAAGUUUUUCCUAGUCAAGACGAACGCGUUAGAAAGGUAAAGCUCCUCAUGACUGAUGGAGCUCUGGACAGUAUACUGAAGAAACCUCGUUACCUUAAUAGACCCGUCCACAAACUUGUGUUACUACUACCGGUAGAAGCUUAGAAUAAUUAGUUCUGUUGUUAAUAACAGAGGUGUAAGACUAAUUGCGAUCAGUCAUUUUCUUUCUAUUUCUCUUUCUUUCACAAUCACUUUCUCACUCAUUCCCUCUUUCUAGAUUUCUACCUUUAUCUGAGUUUCAUGACUUUUACGUUUUUGUUGUCUUAUCUUAUUUUGCAAACAAGUUUUGUCAUUAUCACGCAGAAGACAGUAGGGAUUCCCCCUCAAGGAGCCUUUAACUUAUUGUUGUAUAAUAUGUUCCUGAUGUCAGGAGUGUCUUCAUUUAAUGUUUUUACUAAUUUACAAUACGUAUGAUUAUGUAUUCAUGUGGUCAUCAACGGAAGGGGUUGAUUAAGUAUACUUGAUAUACAUCUAAGUUUAACUUUGUGUAUUACACUAAUCGGGAUUGUUUAUCAAGCAGUAUUUGGAGCAUUGUUGGGUAAAGUUGAUUUCUCUUAAUGUUCUCUUAAUGUUCAUGAAUGUUACAUGAAAGAUCGUUAGAGGUUAAUGUUGUUCCUUGGUAGUAAUAGUAGUGCAGUAUGUCUAUCUAUGUUGUAGCGUAGUCUUAAAUUUGGAUAUUAACAGUUAUUUAAGUAAAUGUUACUAACAUUUAAAGGAGCCAUGUCACUACAUCAGGAUGUAGUGAAGAAAUGUGCAUUUCUUAUAUAGUUUGAAGAGUCUUAUUAUGAGACUACCAGUGUCUUAAUAUGCCUACCAGCAUAUCUUGGAGGCUAUUGUUUACUUUAAGAUUAUACGAGUCACAGAGACAGGAAGUUCUUUGUUCUUCUCAACCUAUGUUCUGGGAGAAGCAAACUCCAGUCAUUCUGAAUGUCGAAGUGAUGCAGUAAGGUCCGAGUUACAUAACAUUGCAGCAGAAAGUUUUAGUUAUUUUGUGGAACAAACUACAGGCCCAAUUCGAUUGUUAUCUGAAGGUUUACCGGAGAUAGUAAUUAACCUGAAGGUUGUACCGAAGAUAUGAAAGUGAAGUUACGAGUUGCUGAAUAAAACAGAAGUUGGUUGGACUUUA